AUGGAACCCAAACACCUACGUACCCCUCACUUGAGCCUAUUUCCCACCAAAACCUUCACUCUUGGAGUGUGGGAUGCAUUUAUUAUACCCACAAUCUAUCAAUUAACAGAUAACGGGGAAGUAAUCCCAUUUGCUGACCUACAGACCCAAUGGCACUUACCAGCUACGGAAAUGUUCACAUACCUGAGACUCAAAGGAACUAUUUUGACUCAUGUGCACAACCACCACACCAUGCCAAAAGACAAAUCACUACCUACUGAAGGUAUUCUUGAUAGAUGCUGGACCACUCCCGGCAAACCAAAAACCAUAUCCUUAUGCUACAAAAUGUGGGAAAGCACGACACCAAAGCAUAAUCCACUUUGUAGAACAAAAUGGGAGGAGGAUUGUUCCCUUCAAUUAUCAGACGAUGACUGGGUAAGGGCCCUCAAUAACUUAUCUAAACUCACUAGAUGCUACACACACAUAGAAGCCCACAGGAAACUAAUCUACAGGUGAUAUAUGACACCACAAAAACUACACAAAAUCUACCCUAAUGUACCACCAGUAUGCUGGAGGUGCUCAACAACGACCGGGUCAUUCCUACAUACAUGGUGGACCUGCCCAAACAUCCAACCAAUCUGGAUACAGGUCCGGAAAACGCUAGAAAAAUUAGACAAAUCGAAGCUACCAACAACCCCGCAAACCUACCUAAUGCUCCUAUUUCCUACUGAUCUCGCUAGAGAACACAGGCAGGUAUGCGCCAUCACACUUCUAGCCGCUAGGAACUUCCUAGUCACACACUGGAAAUCGCACAUGUGCCCCUCAAAAUCACAACUAUGUGACAAGAUCCAACAAUAUUAUAUAUAUGAGUGUAUGACAUUAAACAACAGUGCAAAAACACAGAAAUUCCAAAAUGUAUGGAAAGAUGGGAAAGACCUGUACCCAAGGUUACAUAUACCCAUGAGUAGACCCUGA